GUUCAAGAGCGGAGAUGUGUUCUCAGGCAUAGAUUGAGGGCAGUGGGUCUGGUCUGGAUAGCUUGGGAAUAUCUGCUGGAUGUGCUUAACUUCUUGUUGGAACAUAAGAGUUGAGCCAAUGAUGAGAGCUAGACUGUGAACCCUAUCAAAACUCUUACUGAGAUGAGUCUAAACUAAAAGUUUCACCAUCAUCAGAGACAACAUUAUUGAAGAUGGACACCCACAAUGUUCUUUCCAACAAUGUAACAGUCUACCAAGUGUCGGAUAGAGGAGAGACAGCUAUUGGUGUCUAUUUGAUAACACUAGGAUGGCUCUCUUGGAUUGGAAAUGGGGUUGUGAUAUUACUUUUAACCAAGCAAAGAAAGUCACUCGAACCGCAAGAUUUCUUGACACUCAACCUUGCAGUUUCUGAUGCCAGCAUUGCAAUUUUUGGGUAUUCUCGUGGAAUCCUUGAAGUUUUCGAUGUGUUCAGAGAUGAGGGCUAUCUUAUAAAGACGUUUUGGACAUGCAAGGUGGAUGGAUUCCUAAUCCUGCUCUUCGGACUCAUCAGCAUCAACACACUGACAGCCAUCAGUGUCAUCCGCUACAUCAAAGGUUGCCAGUCUCAGCAUGCUCAUCACAUCAGCAAGCGUAACAUCGGCUUGGUCAUAGCUGUAGCCUGGCUGUGCUCUCUGUUUUGGGCUGGUGCUCCUCUGCUGGGCUGGGGCAGUUACAGAGCUCGCAAAUAUGGGACAUGUGAAAUCGACUGGGGACAAGCUCUAUACUCUGUUCCCUUCAAGCUCUAUGUCAUUAGCAUUUUUUUCUUCAACUUCUUCGUGCCAGUGUUCAUUAUAGUUUUUACCUAUGUGUCCAUCAUCCGCAAAGUCAACUCCAGCCACAAGUCCAGCCAGGGAGGAGAUGUCAGCAGGAGGCAACGGAAGAUUGAACGCAGCAUUACACAGGUCUCACUCAUUCUGUGUGCUGCCUUCCUGUUGGCUUGGUCCCCAUAUGCAGUCAUUUCCAUGUGGUCAGCCUGGGGUUACCAAAUCCCCCCACUUAACGGCAUCCUGGCAAGUCUCUUUGCCAAGUCAGCAAGUUUCUACAAUCCGUUUAUCUAUAUUGGCAUGAGCUCCAAGUUCCGACAGGACCUGCAGGCUCUGUUCUACUGCCUCAGACCCACAUCAGUGCAAAGACCCACCCCUCCUGUGCCAUUGGCCCAGCCUGGUGAUGUGCAGCUCAACAUGGAUGGUUUUAAGGAGAUUGAGCCGGUGAAUCUGGACUCUGGGUUGGACAUGGGCCACAAUGCAAGUGAAAGUGUCCCGGAAGAGAAGGUGGAGAGCCCUCCAGAAUCAGAAAGCCAGAGUAGCCCCUUAAUGGAGUCUAGCAGCGUCAGUCCACAAGAAUUUUUGAGGAAACUCAGCAACUCUGGAAGACUUUGAGCUUUUGUUGUCUUUUAAGUUAGUUUUGUUCUCUGAAUAUUGACAUACAUUAACAUCAGUGUUAAAAGAUAAAUGUACAUUUACUGUCUGUUGCUACUGUUUCAAUACUGUGCACAGUUGAGUAACAAAUGGCAACAGGCUAGGACACUGCAGGCUGCUAAUGUGAUUCAUAUUCAUACUUAAUGUUUAAUUGCAAGAGAUCAAUCAAAUAAA